CACGCGAAAUGCUUCCGUUUUUAAUUUUUAUUGUUUUUAAUUUUGCUUUUGGGGAUGACUUCAAUCCUACAGUAGAAGUUCCCGGUGGCAGUUUGGAGGGUAUUUGGGAAGAGACUAUAAAAGGCAGGACAUUUGCCAGCUUUGAGCGAGUUCCUUAUGCGGAGCCGCCCGUCGGCGGACUCAGAUUCGAGCCACCUCGACCUGUCAAGCCAUGGAAGGGAGUAUGGGACGCCACAGGACCCGUUGAAAACUGUUUGCAGUACGAUCCUGUUGUACAACAAAUUAUGGGCGCAGAAGAUUGCCUCUUCGUAAAUAUCUACUCCCCCAGCCUCAAAGAAAACGCAAACCUACCAGUCAUGGUGUUCAUCCAUGGAGGAGCGUUCAUGUACGGCAGUGGUUCUGUAUACGAUCCCACUUUCAUCAUGGACUGGGACAUGGUUGUCGUCACUUUUAACUACAGAGUCGGACCGCUCGGUUUCCUAAGCACUGGGGACAAAGCAGCUCCAGGAAACAUUGGCCUGAAGGAUCAAGCCUUCGCGUUGCACUGGAUAAAGAAGAACAUCAAAGUGUUUGGAGGCAACCCUGACAGCAUCACAUUGACGGGCAGCUCCGCCGGUGGCGCUAGUGUUCAUUACCAUUUACUGUCACCUUUGUCCAAAGGAACGUUUCACCGUGCCAUGUCUUUAAGCGGUUCAGCGUUCUUACCUUGGAGCUUCGCCUCAACGCCAGCCAAGUACGCCAAGAAACUGGCCAUGCGGGUUGGUUGCCCUACUGCGAACAGUGAAGAAAUGGUGAAGUGCCUUAGAACAGUUGAUGGCAAUGCGUUAAUUAAUGUCACUACUACCAUGUUUGAGUGGAAAGUACAGCUGUUCACCAAAUUUUUACCGACCGUGGAACCAUCAGACGUGGAAGGCGCGUUCCUAACCAAACAUCCGUACGAGGCGUCAAUCAUCGGAGACUUCUACGAUGUUCCCCUUGUCAUCACCCACACGUCAGAAGAAGGGCUGUACCCAGCAGCAGUAUACCAGAAAGCCCCAUCACUAUUGCCUGCAAUCGAGGAGCAAUGGGACGACAUUGCCCCUGACAUGUUCCACUACAGAGACACGUUGGCCCCGGAAAAGAUGAAAGCACAGAUACAGCGGACGCACCGCCACAAACGGAGCCGUUUGAUGCAGUCCGUCCGAUGCGUGCGCUGCAGAUCUGUGAACGCCUACCUUAAACAUGAAGUGAUAAGGCGAAUCAGUGCAAAUGUAUGCGUGUAUAAAAUACGCCGUAUGCAUACGCUCAAUGUUAUACAAUAUCACAACGACACGACAGUGUCAUCGUUAUCUUUCAACGCCUUGACGUGA